AUGAAACAUCUGUUUUACCGUCAUGGAGCAGUGAAAUCCUCAGCUUGGGAUGAAGUUGUGAAAGUGUGGCGAGAGUUUGAGCCUUAUGCUAAUGAAAUAUAUGUAAAGUUGAAGGUAUCGCAAAUGCGGUCUCGUUACGCACGUCAGAGGCAAAUGUUCGAGGAGCGUAAGGCAAAUCACAUACCAUAUAGGCCGACGCUCUGGUAUUAUCAUCACUUCGACUUCCUACCAAGUCCAAGGAAAAUGCCGAAAUAUAACGAUCAACUGAAAGGAAUGAUGGCUAUACCGGGAGCUGAGCAAAAUCAAUUUGAAGCUGAUCAAGCACUGCAGUAUAAGACUGUGCAGGUGACCACAAACAAACCAGCCCUGAUAACCACCACCAAUCAACUAGCUCAGAUCGCCACUUCUAACAGGCUGGUCCUCGGGCCUACCAGCAGCGAAUUAGCUCAAAUGGAAAAUACCAGCGGAGAAUCCCAGGUGGCCAUCACUUGCAGACCAGCCCUGAUGGCCACUAUCAACGGACAAUCCCAGAUAGAUAAUACUAACGAACCAGUCAUAAUGGCAUCUAUCAAGGAAUCAGCUCAGGCGGCCUCUAUUAGCGGACAAUCCCAGAUGGCCAUCACUUGCAGACCAGCCCUGAUGGCCGCUAUCAAGGGACCAGCUCAAGCGGCUACUAUCAGUGGACAAUCCCAGAUGGUCAAUAUCAACGAACCAGUCAUGAUGGCCAAUAUCAACGGGUCAGCUCAGGCGGCCCCAAUCAGGGGAAAAUUCCAGAUGGUCAACUUUAACAAACCAGUCAUGAUGGCCACUAUCAACGGACCAGCUCAAGCGGCUACUAUCAGUGGACAAUCCCAGAUGGUCAACUUUAACGAACCAGUAAUGAUGGCAACUAUUAACGGACCAGCUCAAACGGUUACUAUCAGUGGACAAUCCCAGAUGGUCAACUUUAACGAACCAGUAAUGAUGGCUACUAUCAACCGACCAGCUCAAGCUAUCAAAUGCCAGAUGGAUAUCGUUAACAAACCAAUUCAGAACGCCACUAUCAGUGGACAGUCCCAGAUGGCCAUCACGAAUGAACCACUCAUGAUAGCCGACCCCAAUAUUGCUAGUCGACAAUCUCAGAUGGCCAAUACUAACGAACCAGUUCUUAUGGACACUACUCACGACGCAGUUGUGGCAAUGGCAACUAUCAUCGGAUCAUCUCAGUCGGCCACUACCAGUGGACAAUCCCAGAUAUCCACCACUAACAAACUGGUUUUUAUGCCCACUACCAACGGAUCAUCUCGGACGGUAACUACCAGUGGACAGUUCCAGAUGGCCAAUACUAACGAACUAGUCAUGAUGACCACUAUCAACGGAUCAGCUCAGGCGGUCAACAUCAGUGGGCAAUCCCAGAUAGCCACCACUAACAAGCUAGUUUUGAUGCCCACUACCAACGGAUCAUUUCAGACGGGUUCUACCAGUGGAGAGUGCCAGUUGGCCUAUUUUAAGGAACCGGUCACCAUAGGCACUACUUACAACCCAGUUGUGAUGGCCACAACCAGCGGAACAUUGCAAACGGCUACAGUUGGACCAACUGAGACGGCCAUCCCCAAAGAUCUAGCCAGCAGCAUAAGUCCUUCGGAUAAUGACUCACGGGACUACUUACUAGUUAUCGAACGAGACCAGACAACAUUGCAAUUUGUUGCAUAUGAAUUGGACGAAAAUGUUGUAGCGACCCUUAAGGUGGCUUGCGGCUUCUGUGAAGCAGUUAUACUCGCAAAGAAGUAUGCGAAGCACGUGAGGGAGCUAUCCUCCUCCCCUAGCCUCAGCUACCUCAGCAGGCUACACUCCGGGCGUCGAUCGAGAGACGAUCUCCGGCCACCUCAACCAGCUUAUGCCGACACCGUCAAGACAAAAGUUACGAUUCAUGAAGAAAAGAGAGCAGUAGAAAUUAUUUCUCGUCUCCAAAAAUCUGAGAUUAAGCCAAAGUGUCAAAAGAAAUCCAACGACGAGGACCGGACAUUAUGGAAUUCCGAUGGAGGCGGUAAAGGUCUUAAGGAUAAUAUGUCGUCUGAUGAGGAUGACUUGCAAAAGGAACAGUGUCCCUUUUUUAAAGGAGUUAAUUCUUCAGUUUCUACACCCAAACCUUACUGGUCUGCAGAAAUUUCACAAACCGUAGCUCAGCGUAGGUUAGCUUUAUCCGAAGGAAGCUGCGGAGCGGGAGAGGGAGAUCUCGACUCCCUUUACCGGCCGCAGAAAGUGCACCGGGUGGAGGAGAAGGGCUGA